AUGGAAUGUACUGUGUGCUCUACAGUCUUCCCUUCUCGUGGGCAACCAACAUGCAUCUCGUGCGCUCGAGCGCUGGUAUAUCAGGCACGGCUGGACAGAUUGGCAGAUCUGCUCAAUAUCGAGACCCUUCGCAAACAGGUCAACUCUAUCAUCUCACCGUUAUCACAUCACUCCUUGUCUCCAUCGUCCUCGGACCUGGAGGUAGUAGACCUUACAGAGGGCUCCAAGAAGCAUGCUCAUGCCCAGAUUUUGCAAGAAAGCCAGGCUACACGAUUGCGCUGCACCGUCAUCAAUGAGCAGGUCAACCUUCUCAAGCAGCAAAUAGAACAAGCUCGUAGAGAAAACGCCUCACGCCAGCUUGGUAUCAAACAGAGACAUGCUGAGAUAGUCCGCGAGAGAGCUGAGAUGACCAGCCGCGUCCCUCAGUUACUCGAACCACUGCAUGCAACUAUCCGCCGAAGUCAGCGAAGACUCGACAAGGUACAAGCACGCACCCUCGAGGGUAGAACCAAAUUAUGUCAAGAAACUGCAAGGCUGGCAGGACUACAGCAAAAACGACGUCGCUUGCCAGACGGCACCAUCAUGUACGACCAUGCCAUUGGUGGCAUCCCCGUCACAGACCUGCGCCAUCUCAAUUCUGCGCAACCUCAACUCAUUAACGCCUCACUCGCCAAUAUAUGCCGCCUCUUAAUCACAUGUUGUCAUUAUCUUUCUGUCCGCCUUCCAGCUGAGAUCACUCCUCCUCAUGCAAGCUAUCCUCAUCCCACUAUCUUCUCCCUGCAAUCUUCCUACCAGGGCUUUGAACUUCCCUUCCCAGGCUCCUCGUCGACUCCGUCAUCAUCGCGUACCCUGGAUCAACGUCCCUUACCCAAACCACGACUCCUCCAUCUGGAUCGUCCGUUAGUCGCUCUUUACAAGGAGGAUCCUGCUAGAUACAACCUUUUCAUUGAAGGCAUCUCGUUGCUAGCUUGGAACGUCGCUUGGCUCUGCACUUCCCAGGGCCUCAAUCUCUCCAGUGCAUAUCAGGCAGUUUGUCCCAUAGGACUGAAUCUCUUCACACUAUUCCGUGAACAUACCAAUAGAAGCUCGGCUCCGCAGACAACCAAUGCGGAACAUCUCACGCGCACGAAUCAGCCAUUCGGUCAGUUCUCCCAUGCUAGCCCGCGUCAAGCCCCUGCUUCGAUCGAAGCUCUCGAUGCGAUGCGUAAUUGGCGAGCUGCUUCUUUUGCUCGGUUCCUCGACAAGAUCAAGCAAAUUCUUCUACAAGACAUGUCGGGUGCCGAAUGGGAGGUCAUCUCCGGAGAUGACUUUGAACAAGAGGAGGCGGUGCUUGUAGGAGGCUCCAGAAGCUCCCGCGUAGCUACCUCGGGCGGUCUGUCUUCCGCAAGGCGGGUCCCUGAGUCUGAGGAUGCUGGAGAGGAUGGCAACAAAGGGUAUCUGAAGUUGAAAAGCCGUACAGGAGAGGGCGGACGAUCAUAG